AUGCCAGAUCAGGGAGAUCUCCCUCCACCAGCGGGUCCGCUUUCUCGCGCCCUGUGGAAUUUCCCAUCGCUAUGGUUCAUUGUGCCCCAAGGAACGGGUAUCAUAGCCGUGAUACUCUAUCGACUGAAUUACCAAUUCAACGGGCUAAAAACGCUCGCCACGAUAGUAUGGAUCUACACCAUCGUCCAGCUCGGUUUAUUCCUCAUCCUCUACCUCUUGCGCAUAUUCAUACACCCAAGACACGUCCUACACCAGCUGCGGAACAAGACCAUCGAAACAUCGGGGCUCUGCUGUAUCUCCAUCGCCUUCACCUCCAUCCUCGAGAUGGCCGCCUUCAAAUACGGACACACAGCCGGGCUGGCCAUCUACAUCUUGUGGUGGAUAAAUACCGGCAUGGCCGUACUCGCCUGUAUGGGGAUCCCAUUCGUUCAGCUCAAGAUGCAGCAGUUGAACAAACGAUCCAUGCAGGCGGACACAUUGAUGCCAUUCCUCGCGGCAUUGACAUCUGCUGCAGGCGGCGGAGUUAUAUGUCGCGUCGCGCACAUCAGCCCCCGUCUCCAGGUUCCUGCUAUCAUCGUCUCCUACCUUGAAAUCGGGGCCGGCCUUACCCUCGUUGCUGUGUUCAAUACCAUUACAAUCUAUCAAUACUUCGGUCGCACGUUCCAGACAACAGAUAUGGUGUACCAGGAUAUGAUUAUGUGCGGUCCCUGUGGGCAGGCAUCGGUCGCGCUCCAGGCUUUGGGUGAGGCUGUUCAGGCCGGUAGCUUUGCGGCAUAUGAUCGCGGUCAGCUUCUGACUGCAGAGGCAGCUGGUCCCUUUGCUUUCAUCAGCCAUUUCACUGGCCUUCUUGUCUGGGGGUAUGGGAUCUUUUGGUGGUGUUUUGCCAUCAUGAGCAUCAGUUAUACUCUGUACACCCAACCUGGGGGCUGGAAGCAGUCACGGUUCACCUUGUCUGUGUGGUCUGUGGUCUUUCCAUGGGGCACUUUUACCAAUGCUGCCGUUGAAUUUGGGAAGCUUAUGAAAUCUCCUGCAUUCGAUGUGUUUUCCACAGCCCUUUUACUGCUGCUCGUAAUCAUAUGGUUGAUCAUCCAGAUCCUGACAGUGAAAGGCAUAGUGACAGGGCGAAUCUUUGGCCUGGAUCACGGAUGGAGAAAACGAUAUGAUGACCGACGACCUGCAGUACUCAAGGAAGCGUGA